AUGGGCGGGGCUUUCCUUUUGGCCGGGGGGAGGAAGGGAAUUGUGAAGCUUGUCAUCAAGUUCCUUAGCAAUCGGAGUGAUAGUGUCCAGGAUGGAUGCGAUGCUGUUUCCGUUUGGUGGAUCGAGCAGCACGGACUUCAGUUCGUUGCCCACCUGCCGGGCUGUAGAGGUGAGGGCACAGAGUACGGCGGCGAUGAAGGAUUUUCUUUUACAUUCUUCGCCGCUGCAGUGGGUGCAGUAGCAUAUGCAUUUUGCGGUGGAUUGUAUGUGUGUCAACAGCCCCUUAACCUUAGAGACUAUGCCAGAGACAGCACUGUCCGUUUUCUUCAGCUUCUCAUCAAGCGUUUUGGCAAAUGCCUCGCAACCCUCCUUCACAGCUUGGAUGCGUUUUGCGAUGUCUUCUGCACCGCCGCUUUUUGCUUGAACCACUCCACCGGCUUCAGUUGCUUCGCCGCCAAGUGCAUCCUUAAUUUCACCUGCCAUUUUCUGGAUAGAGUUCUCUCUACUCCCUCCAAAAAUCUUGUCGUUAAUCCUAUCACUGACCAAACCGUUAUGCGGCAAAAUAGUCUUCUCAAUCCAGCCCUUCACUAUAUUCUUGAACUUACUCCCGCUGAACGCAUUGAAAUAAUUUCCCACCUUACUCUUAAUACCAUCCAGGCCUGA